UCCUCUCUUCAAAUUCGGAUUGUGACCGCGUUUUCUCUACUCACAGAUCUCCGUCAUCCCAUUUCUCUCGCACGCAAUAGCUCUUAUCUCUCUCCAUCUCUCGCUUUCCUCUCUUCAAACCCUAACCCUAAUCCGAGCCGUAAUUCGUUUGAUCGAAAAUGAGAAGGCCGAGGGCGACGCCGAGGGGGAGGAAGAGGAAGGCUGCGGCGGAGGCGGCGAAGAGGGAGGAGGUGGGCGGCAGCAGCAGUGGCGGCAGCAAGUCGCCGGAAGAGCUCCCCAAGGAAUCCAAGGCCUCAACCAGAGGGAAGCGGGUCAAGGCCCCCGCCGCCGUCAAGCUUAAGACGGAGCCCGAGUUCUUCCCCGACAAGAGGAAUCUGGAGGAUCUAUGGCAAGCUGCCUUUCCUGUUGGAACUGAGUGGGAAAACAUGGAUAAACUUCGUGAGAUCAAUUGGAAUUUUUCAAAUUUGGAGAGAGCUUUUGAGGAAGGGGGACAGCUUCAUGGAAAGAAGGUCUACCUCUUUGGAUGCACCGAAGCUCAGCUGUUGGUUGUAAAGGGUGAACAGAAAGUCGUACUUAUUCCCAUUGUGGUAGCUGUGGUUUCUUCUAUUCCACCAUCAGAUAAGAUUGGUAUAAAAUCUGUUCAAAGGGAGACUGAAGAUAUAAUACCGAUGAAGGCAAUGAAAAUGGCAUGGGUUCCAUACAUUCCGCUAGAAAACCGGCAGAGUCAGGUUGAUAGAUUGAAUACUCAAAUAUUUACCUUGGCCUGCAGCCAACGAAAUCUGCUUUUAAAACAUCUGAAAAUCGAGCGCAUCAAACAAUAUGACUAUUGCCUUCCUUAUUUUCAACCUUUGAAAGCUGAUGAAGAUGAAGAUGAUACAGUUGUUAAUAUCAUGUUUCCGUUAGAACCACCGGUUGUCUCUGAUUUUGACUGGGAAUUGGAUGAUCUUGAGGAAUUCACUGACGAACUUAUCAAGGAGGAGGCAUUACCAAAUGAUCAGAAAGAUGCGUUCAAGGUAUGUGAACGAACAUAAAUAGCACACACUCUCUCUCUCUCUCUGUGUGUGUGUGUGUGUUGUGUGGUCUGUCUGUC